CUGCAUAAAUUAUGUUCAUGACGUAGUGCAAAAAGAGCAAAUUUGAGCUAAUUUUUCCGCCACUUUUCUGCAGAUUCUGGUUUCCCUUUACUAUUAAGGGGCAUUACUUCUCCGGCGUGACAGUUAACGAAAAGACGUCAUUAAAUAUUUAGUAAAACAGGAGCAGCGCGCAUUCCCGAGCCUCCUUAUCAAUGCAAAUAGCUCUUUUGUGUGCAGCCGUAGCGCGCGCCUGGAAGCUGUGAUGUGAAUUUUUAAUUAUGCAUGUUUAAAACAAACUGUGGCAAAGCUCGUCGAAGGAGGAGAAAUAAAGAAAAUAUCCCACCUAGCAGCGGGUGAUACUGCGCAGCUGGCAACAUCCACUUCAUUCACUAUGCAGAAUCAGUGAUCUCCUUCGAGCUUAGACUUCAUCAUGGACACUGAGGAUCUUCCUGCAAACAAUGCUCCUCUCACUGUCAAUGAACAGCUUUUAGGUUCCUGCACUUUGAAAUUCCCAGAACAAGACGAGCAGGUCAUCGUCAUGUCGGGUCAGGAGACCAUCCGGGUGCUGGAGGUGGAAGUGGAUACAGCCCUGUCCUCCUCAGGGGCAGAUGGGAAGUUGGAGUCAGGGGGUGAGGAGGGGGGACAGACCCUGGAGGCAGCUGAGGAGGCAUUGGAUAGUCCGGUUACCAUAAGCACUACCACACCUGUGUCUGUGGAGGACUCCUCACCUGCAGUCCAUACUUUGGUCUCCAAGCACAUCAGUGUGACACAAGACCAGCCCCAGACCAGCAUACCCAUCACUGUUCAGGCAUGCCCACAGGUCCUGACUCAGGAAGCUUUGGCCUCUCUGAUGACUGGCAUGUUCGCUCAGCAAGGUUCUCUGGCUCAGCCCUUGCUCAUCCCUCUGAGUAUGGCAGGAUCUGUGGGUGGUCAGGGUGGUCUGGCCGUGCUCACCCUACCCACUGCUAAUUUUGCCACCUUAUCUAGCCUUGCUGCUGCCAGCCCUGGUGGAGGACUGCUGAAGCUGCCUUUUGCUGGACUGCAAGCUGCUACUGUGUUAAACUCUGUCCAGACGCAGCUGCAGUCACCUGCGCAGGCAGUUCUGCAGCCUCAAGUUUCUUCUCUACAGUCCAUACAGGCAACCUUGCAGCCAACACAGACGACACCAACCACCACUAUGUCUGUUGUGCAGAAAUUGUCAGAGCCUAGCGCUUCUGUUGCAACGCUUCAGACUGCAGGCCUGUCCAUCAACCCUGCUAUUUUCAGCGCUGCUUCUCUGGGAGCACAACCACAGUUUAUCAGCUCUCUUACAACAACUCCCAUCAUUACUAGUGCCAUGUCUAAUAUGGCAGGACUGACAAGUCAGCUUAUUACUAAUGCACAGGGCCAGGUGAUUGGAACACUUCCUUUUCUGGUGAACCCUGCAUCGUUGGCUGGAGCUACAGCAACCUCUGCAUUACCUGCUCAAGGCCUGCAGUUCCAGACCAUGUCCCCACAGCUGCUCCUGAACUCCCAGGGUCAGAUCAUUGCUACUAUAGGGAACGGCCAUACAGCUGCUGCUCCUUCCACCACCUCUGUCCUCCCCAAAGCCACUGUGCCCCUGACACUCACCAAGACCACCACACAGGGUCCGGUUGGAAAAGUGGUUCAGUCAAAAGUGAUCAUUGCUCCCCAGCCCACUGUGGGUAAAGCAGUCACAUCCCUCUCCUCUGCUGGUGCCAUCGCCUGUGGAGAUAUGCCAACUGUGGGCCAGCUUGUCAGCAAGCCACAGUCUGGUGUGCAUGAAGAAGAGGCCAUUAAUCUGGAGGAGAUCCGUGAGUUUGCCAAGAAUUUCAAGAUUCGACGGCUCUCUCUGGGCCUGACACAGACACAAGUGGGCCAGGCUCUCACUGCUACAGAGGGGCCCGCAUACAGUCAGUCAGCCAUCUGCAGAUUUGAGAAGCUUGACAUCACUCCCAAAAGUGCCCAGAAGCUGAAACCCGUGCUGGAACGCUGGCUGGCAGAGGCUGAACUCUGGAACCAGAAAGGUCAGCAGAACCUUAUGGAGUUUGUCGGCGGUGAACCCUCCAAGAAGCGCAAACGGAGAACCAGCUUCACGCCGCAGGCCAUAGAAGUCCUCAACGCUUACUUUGAGAAAAACUCCCUCCCAACCGGACAAGAAAUCACAGAGAUUGCCAAGGAGCUGAAUUAUGACCGAGAGGUGGUUCGCGUCUGGUUUUGUAACCGUCGACAGACUCUAAAAAACACCAGCAAGAUCAAUGUGUUUCAGGCCCAUUAGGAUGAUGGAGUGUCUAAGCAUGCGGGGAACUUUUUUUAGAAGCUGGUGCACAAUAAAUGGUUGUAAUAUUGGUGCUAUUUGCAACAUGACUGAAAUGACUGAUUUACGGUUAAGACGAAGCCAGCGGCACUUGAAUGAUGUGAGGUCCUUGCAUAGUAUCAAACAAUAUCAAACAUGUUUUCGUUUGAUUUUGUUUCCAUUAUGCUGCAUGAUGAGGGACUUUUUGGUCUGCCAUCACAAUCUUUGAUGCUAAAAUGGCUUUUGAACUAUUUUAAAUAUUGAAGAAGCUAUGAAUUCCUAUAGGCGCUGUUUUUAUUGAAAAAAGCACUUUGUUUAUACACAAAGUUAAAUGUUCAAAAUAUUCUUCAUAAAUGUUCUUGUUUUGCAGUAACUAAACUGACAUUAUUCUUCAAAGUAGUUGUUUGGUUUUUGCUGUAGUAAUGUCAGCUAUAGGUCUGUACUGAAUAAAAUGCACAGAAGAGGUCAUUCAAUUAUUUGACAAUUUCCCAUAUCUAGUGUUCAUGUCGUUUUGCUGUACAUUACUUGAGACUGGUAUUUUUGAUCUUUGACUUUCAAAAACAGUAGUUCCAUUAUCUUUGUGCUUAUAAACAGUAGGUGUGGUUUGGUCAAGUAUAUACUGGACAAUCAUAGUACUCUGAAUCAGUAUGCAUGCCCUGCUUUUAUGUGGCUAAAUCCACUGUAGUCAGUUUUGGAUGUCAUCAACAUUCAUAAAGUCAGAUUUGUUUUAUUUCAGCUGUGUUAUGUCUGUCUAUUGAUUUAAAAAAAACAACAACAAAAACAUUUAAACUGUAUUAUGAUUACAGUGGCUGACAUUAGAAAAUGGAUUUCAUUGUCACUGUUAUAUUGUUUGUGCCAUAAGUGUAGUAAAAAACUGUUAUAUCAGGAAAUGCUUUUAAAGAGAGAGUGAAAUCUAUAAAUAUUUGUGGCACUUCAGAAACAUCAUCUACAAGUUAAGUUGUGUUAAAGGGUAUUAUUAUCAAAAAUGCAAUUUGCCAUUAUUGAAUUUGAACUUUAAAAUUGUUUAUAAGAAGUUGUCCCUCGAGAUAUUGUGACAGUACAGCAAUAUGCACAGUUUAUAUUAAUAUUUUCUAAAUUUGUAACCAGAAACCGUUAUGUUCUAAGCAUAAAACUUGAUUGUUCUUAUGGACCUUCGGUAUUUAUCUAAUGGAUUCUUAUCUUAAUUAGUACAAUGCUAUAAAUGUACAUUUUAAUAUUGUGAAGAAGGAAUGGUAUAACUAGCGUUUUAUCUAAUGCUAUAAAUAAUAACAAAACUGUUCAACGUGUUAAUUUGUGCAGGGGUAAUGAAUUUUAAAUCAAUGCUUUAAGAAUUGCAUUUACAGAUCCGUUAACAAUAUUUAUUUUGUAUCAAUUGUAAUGUUUGGGAUUAACUUGUUAUUUGAAUAAAUUAACA